UUCUCUCACUCUCACUCUUGCUGGAGGCACACCAAUACCAGUCUGCGGAGAAGAAAAAGCUCAGAACUACCUUAAGGAAUUAAGACAACAUGCGCAAUCCUUGCCUUUCAUAGUGAUCACUAUUUAAACCUGCCAAAAGCACCAGCCUUUGCAAGGAUGGAGUCUGUAAAACAAAGGAUUUUGGCCCCUGGAAAAGAGGGGCUAAAGAAUUUUGCUGGAAAAUCCCUCGGCCAGAUCUACAGGGUGCUGGAGAAGAAGCAGGAAGCCGGCGAGACCAUUGAGCUGACAGAGGAUGGGAAGCCGCUGGAGGUGCCAGAGAAGAAGGCGCCCCUGUGCGACUGCACGUGCUUCGGCCUUCCACGUCGUUACAUCAUCGCCAUCAUGAGCGGCCUGGGCUUCUGCAUCUCCUUCGGCAUACGCUGCAAUCUUGGCGUGGCCAUCGUGGACAUGGUCAACAACAGCACCAUCCACCGCGGGGGCAAGGUCAUCAAGGAGAAAGCCAAAUUCAACUGGGACCCAGAAACCGUGGGGAUGAUCCACGGUUCCUUCUUUUGGGGCUACAUCAUCACUCAGAUUCCUGGAGGCUACAUCGCGUCUCGGCUGGCGGCCAACAGGGUUUUUGGAGCUGCCAUACUUCUCACCUCUACCCUCAAUAUGCUAAUUCCAUCGGCAGCCAGAGUGCACUAUGGAUGUGUCAUCUUUGUGAGAAUCUUGCAAGGACUUGUAGAGGGUGUCACCUACCCAGCAUGUCAUGGCAUUUGGAGUAAGUGGGCUCCUCCUCUAGAAAGGAGUAGAUUGGCAACCACCUCCUUUUGCGGUUCCUAUGCUGGAGCUGUAAUAGCAAUGCCUUUAGCUGGCAUCCUUGUACAGUAUACUGGCUGGUCUUCAGUGUUUUAUGUAUAUGGAAGCUUUGGGAUGGUCUGGUACAUGUUUUGGCUUUUGGUGUCUUAUGAGAGCCCUGCAAAACAUCCUACUAUCACAGAUGAAGAACGUAGGUACAUAGAAGAAAGCAUUGGAGAGAGUGCAAAUCUUUUAGGUGCAAUGGAAAAGUUCAAGACUCCAUGGAGGAAAUUUUUUACAUCUAUGCCAGUGUAUGCAAUAAUCGUUGCAAAUUUCUGCAGAAGCUGGACUUUUUAUCUAUUGCUUAUUAGUCAGCCAGCAUAUUUUGAGGAAGUCUUUGGAUUUGAAAUUAGCAAGGUUGGCAUGCUGUCUGCUGUGCCACACUUAGUAAUGACAAUUAUCGUGCCUAUUGGAGGGCAAAUUGCAGAUUUUUUGAGAAGCAAGCAAAUCCUUUCAACUACAAUGGUGAGAAAGAUUAUGAAUUGUGGUGGUUUUGGCAUGGAAGCCACAUUGCUUCUAGUUGUUGGCUAUUCUCAUACUAGAGGUGUAGCAAUCUCUUUCUUGGUCCUUGCAGUGGGAUUCAGUGGAUUUGCUAUAUCUGGUUUCAAUGUUAACCAUUUGGAUAUUGCUCCAAGAUAUGCAAGCAUCUUAAUGGGUAUUUCCAAUGGUGUUGGCACAUUGUCCGGCAUGGUUUGCCCUAUCAUCGUUGGUGCAAUGACCAAGAAUAAGUCACGUGAAGAGUGGCAAUAUGUCUUUCUCAUCGCUGCCCUGGUUCACUAUGGUGGAGUUAUAUUUUAUGCGAUAUUUGCCUCUGGAGAGAAGCAACCCUGGGCAGAUCCUGAGGAAACAAGUGAAGAAAAAUGUGGAUUUAUCCAUGAAGAUGAACUUGAUGAAGAAACAGGGGACAUUACUCAAAAUUAUAUAAAUUAUGGUACCACCAAAUAUUAUGGGGCCACCACACAGGCGAAUGGAGGUUGGCCCAAUGGUUGGGAAAAGAAAGAAGAAUUUGUACAGGAAGAGGUACAAGACUCUUAUACCUAUAAGGACCGAGAUGAUUAUUCAUAACAAAACUAAUUGCUGGAUUUAUUUUUGGUGUUUGUGAUUAAAUUAAUUGUGAUUGCACAAGAGUUUCAAAAAUGUGGUAUAAACAUAUACACAUAUCAACCAAGCAA